UCCCUCCUACUAUCUGGUAUCGAUUAGUGGCUGGUCUAAAUGCUUAGUUACAUUUAGUUCGCCGUGGACAUUUAAGAACAAGUUUUUGUUUAAUAAUGAACUGGCUUGAAACACAUGCAAAUCCUACUUUAAGUCCCUAUGGUGUACAUGUUGAUCUGGCUUGCUUUCAGCCCAUUGCUUGUGAUUAUCGCCAGUUUGGACUCACUGUACAUGCUGUUGAAGAUGAAAGUACACAACCAUCAGUUGAAGAGCCAAAUGUAACUUCAUUAGAUGAGCAACAGUCAUGUUUAAUUAAUAAUGAUUGGAGGAAAGCAGUGGAUGAUUCAAGCGCCUGUGAACAUCUAUUGACACAUAAACGUAUUGGUGGAGGAAUUUUACAAAUUAAGAUCUUGCAAACACUUGAAGAGAAGAAAACUCUAUGUUAUCCUCUCUCUUUUAUACUUCAUAAUACUAAACCUAUUAGUCAUCAGGUAAUUUUGAUGUUUUUAUGA